UUUUGACAAUCCAAUUCCCUGAAUUAACUGAUGUUUCAGCUUUUAGGUUAGCAAAUAAAUUAGAUUUAAUAACGACCUCGUUAUCUUGAAGCACGUUCAAUCUCCUUCAUUAAGUAUCUAAAUUUCUCAUUGAGUUAAUAUUGAUAUAAAGUGUUUACAGGAUUUGUCUCAACACUACUUUUUUCGCGAAAUUAUAAAUCAAAUAAAAGUUUGCUGAUGCUCACGGGUGAUUUGCAUCAGACUUACUGCAAGAAGUAGUCGAUUAUGAGGCCAGGAAAUAAUCAGAGUAAUAAGUAAUCAGUCUGAUAGUCUAGACAUAGGUAAUUAAGAUAUGCCGUUAAAUAUAAAAACCCAGUCUGAAAUUAAGUGUCCAAGUCCAAAUUUUAAAGUUCAAUAUUUAAAUACUCGACCACAGAAGAAAUAAAAUAUUCACUUGAAUUAUCUCAACAAGUUAACAUUAUCAGAAAAUGGGUACCCUGAAAACACUGUUUCUAGCCAUUUUGCUUGUCGGAGCAAGGAGUCUGUACGUGAAAGGAGAUUAUCUAGGACAAAUAAAUGGCGAUCUGGUUACAUCUUGGAAUAACAUCUGGAAUCACUUUUGGAAGCCAACAGGAAAGGGUGGAGACGUUGCUGCAGAAAAGGACGACUUCGACGAAUUGCAGGCGCUCUCCUUGAUCCCGACAAUUAUUGAUCUUUACAGGAACGAUUUGCUCUUUGAAUCCGAGAAGGCCGUCUUUUCGCAAAUUUAUGGUAGUCUUUGGUUCAUGAUCGACAGAGAAGUAUUCCGAGGACCCGAGACUCAAAUCGACCCGCUUAUGAAGAUCAUUCUUGACAUUGUCAAGUUACUUAACUCAGGAGAACCUUUCAAUUUAAGGGAACAACCCAACACUCGCAAGAUCAGUAUUCGUAAAUCAGAGGAUCCUUCGCAAAGACUUUUGAAAAUGGUGGCUACCUUCGCACAACGAAUGAUUCCCGUGAAACAGCGAGGCAACAAUCGACAGCUCAUCAGGCCACAGAUUGUUCAGCUACAAAGCGAUAAAAGGAAUAUUGGAAGCGAUGAAAGAAGCGUUUCACUGUUAAGAUCUCUCCGCGAGGACAGCAUUCCAACUUAUGAAUACAGUGAGCAUUACGAAUAUGAUGCCGGGAGUCCAAUGAAAGAACGCAUUAUGAUGUUAGUUAAUCCAGGAGUUAAUUAAUAAAGGAAGGAUUGAGUACAUUGACAAACAAGUGCUGUGAAUAUACCCAGAUUUACAUAUAAUAAGCCGCGAAGCGAAAUUGGUUUAAUUAUUAAAGGAAUAGUUUUAGGAAAAAGUACGGAAUUAAAAUUUUCAGCUUAGUUAAUUUUGGAAGCAAGUUCCUGUUUUUUAUUAUAUCAAUUUUCUUAGGGUCUCCCCGUCAGCACUCUGAAAUUUAAAUUCAAAUAAACUUUGUUCUGUGUGUAAAAUUCCACUGUAAUAUCAACCAAUACGAAAUAAAUGAGAACAAAAUAUAAUAUCCGAAAAGCUUCAUUAUGGAUCCUAUUUGUUAUUGGUGUUCACUCCUUACGUCUUUAUUUAGGGCAACUUCUGCAGUCAGAAUAUCUUAUCUGGGUAUGAACUUUGUUAGAUUAGUGUAACAGUAAUAAAAUACUCUACCUAGAUGGAAGUGCCGAUUGAAGGCUGUAUUCCAGAUUAAUGAA